AUGGGAAUUGAAGAGAAUUAUUUUGAAAAUAUAAUUAUAAAUAUUAUUAAAUUUAUUUUUGUUAACACACAAUCUUUAAUUGAUUUUGAAGCAAUGAGUAAUAUUUAUCACGAAAAAAUUAUAAAUAUUGGAGGAAUAGCUAUUCCACAAAAUAAUAAUCAAAGUUUAACCGGACAAGUAGCAAAUAUUUUUGAUUUUGCAUUCCAAAAUAAUAAACAAAUAAUUUUUGUUAGUUUUGGAACGAUAUUUGAUACUCGAUAUUUUACAGACAUACAAAUACAUAAUUUAAUUAAAAACUUUUCUCAAUCUAAUUAUUUAUUUAUUUGGGCAAUUGAGGAUGAUUAUAAAAUACAUAGUAUAUUGGAGGAAAGUACCAAUACAUUUAUAUUUGAUCGAGUAAAUCAACCAGCUAUUCUUGGUAUUUAUUUUUAA